UCGGGAACGUAAGCCAAGUGGAGCCAGCGUAAAAUCAUCUUGUGCGUCACAAUCAGCGAUAAGCGAAGCUUUAUUAUCUUUCGCCGCUGUUAAACACCAUUCCUGACCACGUGUAGGUGCGUGUGUGUGCGUGUGUGUGUGUGUGAGAGAGGGUGGCAGGCGGCUUCAAGGUAGCCAGCCAAGUGUCGCCCCGCCCAAUUAAUCAGGAGUCCAAAGGUCAGGGGACCAUCCAUCAAAACGACGAGACGGCAGCGGAGGGGCCGCCAGUUGGUUGCCUUCUCCUCCGCUUCCUCCGACUACAGGAACCAAGAAACUUUGAUGGAGAUGAAGAGCAUUUUGAAAUCGGACAGAAAGAACCUCCUGCUGCGGAAGGCGGAAGAUUACAGCACCACCCAGAGCAGCUCCAUCGGUGCCCUGCGCUGGAACCUUCCCGAGGAGGACGUCCAGGCCCACAGCUCCGCUCCCAACUGGCCCGUCACCAGCGGAAAACUCACCGGACACUCGCAGCACCAGCAGCAGCCUCGCCAGAACGGCCUGAAAGACCUGCGCAGCCUGCAGGAGUGCGUGCAAUUCAUCCAAUACUGGAAGGAGCAAGUGGACCAGGUUUGCAAGAGCGACGGAUCCAAAUCAGAGGGAACGUCAAGCAAGGCCGAGAAGAUCCACUCGCGCACCGAGCGUAGUUUGGAGGAAAGCCAUAAACUCAUCCUGGAGUGGGCCGACGAACUACGCCAUGUGGACAAGGUUCUGGAGGCCAACCCCUGGGCACCUGAGACUCAAGAACCCAAGAAGAACUUUGACGCCAAUGAGGAUGUACAAGUGAGGGUCAUGGAGUGGGCUCGGGAGGUCCAAACGGUCUCCGAGAGCUGCGGGGUGCAGAGCGACGAGAUGGGCAAAGUGCUGCGUCUUCUGGGCCUCAAGAAGAAGCGUCUGGUCAGCCUGCUGCCCCUGCUGGAGUUCAUCACCUGGUCGCUCCUCAAGCAAGACUGCAUGGCGAUGAUCCCGCAGUUAUGGCUGCCGGUCAAACAGCGCGCCUGGAAAGUGGGCACGUCAAGAUACAUCCCCAACUCAGUUUGGAAUUGGAUCCGCGGUGCACAAGCCGACGUAAUUCUGGACGCAAACACCAACCACCCGUGGCUGAGCCUCUCCGCGGACAAUCGGCAAGUCCAGGAGGGCCUGUCGGAGGCCGACCUGCCGUACAGCUCGCAGCGCUUCGACAGUUGGCCCUGCGUGCUGGCUUGGGAAGGCUACACCCGCGGACGCCAUUACUGGGAAGUGGACAUCGCCAAAAAUGGCUACUGGCGCGUGGGGCUGGCCACCGUCGACUCCCGCCGUCACGGCCGCUUCCCCAUGAACCCCGAGACGGGUUUUUGGUGCCUGUGGCGCAGCAUGCACCAGUUCUACGCCUGUACCAAGCCCGAGACCAUGCUGCCUGCCGGGCUGGUGCCGCGGCGGAUGGGCAUCUACUUAGACUACGAGGUCGGUCAGGUGUCUUUCUACAACGCCGAAAGCAAGACGCACAUUUAUACAUUUACGGGCAAAUUCAAGGGGAAGGUGUACCCGUUGUUCGCGCCGCUCGACGGACGCACUCUCAUGACCAUCGUGCCGCCGUCAGCCGACUGAAACGGGGGAGGGGUUUCCAACAUUGGGUCCAAGGGGGGGGGUCACGAUUCCGGUUCUAAUUGUAACGGCGAUGGAUGACACAGGACCACCAGGCAUACCGUUUUUUUCCAUGUAUAAUGCGCAAAAUUUAACUAAUUUAUUGUCCUAAAAUCUGGGGUGCGCAUUAUACAUGGGGGCGCAUUAUACACGGAAAAAAACGGUAACAGGAAAUUUAGAAAGCUGGCCAAUGUUGAAGGGAAACGUCAGCAUGUUACAGGAACACAUUUUUAUUUUGAAGAAAAAACAAAGUUAGAACAUAGAACACAUGAAAUAAACGUAAUCAAAAACAGUGACGUAUUUUGACGGAAGGAAGAGUUAUAAUGUUACAAGAAUAAAGUAGUAUUUUUACGAUAAAAAAAAUUGGGAUAAAGAAUUAACAAGGUAAGACAUUGAAUAUUUACAACGCUAAUUUCAAAUGAUUUAUUUUCCAAGAAAAAAGUUGUAAUCUUUCAAAGAUGUAUUUUGCCGAGGUAAAAAGGCGUACGAGAAAUGGAAAAAAUGGAAUCUUAACAAAAACGACAAAAAAAAGACAUAAGUUGUAACAUUACGAUUGAGUAUAUUUUGUUUUCGCACUAUUACACUUUUAUUUCUGUCUUUCUUCAAGUGAAUUCUUAAAAAUGAUAGCAAACAAUUUACUGGCAAUUAUUUUGCGACCGCCAAGCAAUAGCUCACAGCCCUCUGAGGGCCCCCGAGCCCCUGGUUGAGAACCACUACUCUUAAGUAACGGGUAUAAUCAUCUCUCUCUGCGUACCACAGAAAAAACACAUUAUAUAUAUUAUAAAAUAUUGUCAAACUCUUUCUCUGCAAUUAUAUAGUAUUUAUAGGUAUUGGAUAUGAAAUCAUCUUUUACUUGCAAAUGAUUUACAUGUCAAGCCUCAACCGACAUGCAUGCACUUUAUAACACACACGCUGCUGUUGUCUUCCGAAAGAAUGAUAUUUCCCCCAUGCCAGCAAGAAAGUGCAAUACCUGUCAUAUCUAUAAAUGUAUUUAUGUAUUUACCCUGUGUGUGUGUGUACUUUGAUAUUUUUUGUUGUCAACUGAAUUAUGGUUUGAAUAUAAAAUAAUGGUUUCAAGUUA